AUGUCAUAUUUAUCUGAUCGUCAAUACGGUCUUCUUUCUCAUCGACGUCUUCUAGUUAAAUUAAAAAAUUCAUCAUCAAUAACAAGACGAUUGAACCUUGAGUAUACACUAAAUGUUCACCGAGGUUGUGUAAAUACAAUAUGGUGGAAUGAACUUGGUACAACAAUAUUAUCUGGUUCAGAUGAUCAAAAUUUAAUUGUAACAGAUCCAUUUACAAGACAAGUAUUAACUAAAGUUCAUAGUGGACAUAGAGAAAAUAUUUUUUCAGCAAAAUUUUUACCUGAAACAAACGAUCGACGAGUUGUUUCAUGUUCAGGUGAUGGUGUUGUAUUUCAUACUAAUUUUGAUCGACCAAGUACUUCACAUUCAGUUGAAGGAUGUUUUACUUGUCAUGGAUCAACAACUACAUAUGAAGUAAGAACUAUUCCACAUACACCGAAUUUAUUUCUAUCAUGUGCUGAUGAUUGUACUAUACGAUUAUAUGAUUUAAGAACAAAAAGUAAUUGUUUAAAAGAUCAUUGUAAUGAUGAUAUACUAAUAAAAAGUAAUUGGGGUAUUACAUCAAUGGAUAUUAAUCCAAUGAAUUCAAAUGAAAUUGUUUGUGCUUGUGCGGAUUCCUCAAUUCGUCUAUAUGAUCAUCGAAAACUUUCUACUCAGUUAUCAUCACCUCGUCAAUAUGAAUCAUCAAUAAAUGGUCUUGUAUCAUAUUUUAUGCUUUCUGAUAGAAAAGAACAACGUCGAUCUCGUAUAACAUCUGUUGUAUUUAAUCAACAUGGUACAGAAAUUUUAGCAUCUUAUUCAUCUGAUUCAGUUUACUUACUUAAUCCAAAACAAUUAAUAACACAAGAACAAAUGAAAGAACGUCUUAUCGAACAUCGAAAUAAAAAACAAUCAAAAAUAAAUAUAAAUGAAACCAAACCAACACCAAAUAAUAUACAAGAAGAUGAAAAUAAAACUUCUCCUAUAAAACGAUUACGUCUUCGAGGUGAUUGGAGUGAUACUGGUCCAGAUUCUCGACCAAUUCAGGAAGAAGAACAAAUAGAACCAACAACUAAUCAGUCAGAAUCAUCAAAUGAACAACAGUCAACGACAACAACCACACCUGGUCGUGAUUUACAAAACUUUUUUAUGCGACGUAUGAGUGAUAUUUUAACACAAUUAGUAACACGUACCACAUCAGAAACUGAACAAACAAAUCAAGAAACAGAAACAACAACAACUCCAAAUAAUACACAAACAAAUGAAACUAAUGAUAAUGAUAAUAAUAAUGAUAGUAAUAAUAAUAUUGCAUCAUCUCCAACAACGAAUAGUCCUAUGGUACAAUCAUCACCAUCACCUACACCUGUUCAAAAUUCAACAACAACGAAUAAUGAUGAUGAAGAUGAUCAUGAAUCUAACCGUAUUGGAAUAUUUGAUCUUAUAUUUGGUGGAAGUCCAAGAUUUCAUACAGAGGAAGAAGAUGAUAAUGACGAUGAUAAUGAUGUGAACCAUAUGGAUGAUGAUGAUGACGAUGAAGAUUCUCGAACAUCAUCAGUAACAACAGAUAAUGUUCAUUCAUCAGAACAUACACAUCAUAGAUUUCUGAGUACAAAAUGGGACCGUAUGAGAAAACGUCGUGAAGUUGAACGUGUUCAUGAAGAAAAUCUUCUUAAAAGUAUUCCUAGUUUAGGUUUAAUUAAUUCUUAUGACGGUCAUCGUAAUACACGUACUAUGAUAAAAGAAGCUAAUUUUUGGUCGGAUAGUUAUGUUAUGUCAGGUUCCGAUUGCGGACAUAUUUUUAUUUGGAAUAAAUUUAAUGGAAAUAUUAUACGAGUUAUACAAGCUGAUGAACAUGUUGUUAAUUGUGUACAGCCUCAUCCACUGAAUUAUCCAAUUUUAGCAUCAAGUGGAAUUGAUUAUAAUAUAAAAAUAUUUUCACCUUUGGCUGAAACACCUAUUGAUGAUAGUGAUCGUAUCGAACGUACUGUAAAACGUAAUUAUGCAAUGAUUGAAGAAACAUCAAGUACAAUAACAGUUCCAGCUACGUUUAUGCUUCGUAUGUUAACAUCAAUCUAUCGUUUACGACAUCGAGAAGGAGCGUCUGGAGUAGACGAUGAUGACUAA